AUGUUAUGUGAUAUAAAUUACGUCAUUAGAACCGGUUUCACAGUGAUCAGCGGAAGACUCUACCAAAGAAAACAUUCGUUAUAUGAUGUUACUGUUAUUUAUGGAUUAUGUACAUUUCAAGACUGUGAUGUAUUCAUUCGACAUAUACGUAUAGCGAGGCUAGUCCGAGAAAUCGAUUUCGCUAGAUAUCAUUUUUAUGACAGAACUGGCAUCUACAGUCGAAGUCGACAAUUAGGAAUAAAGUCUCUACAAGGAUCGACCCUUACUGUAUUCGUUGACUCUAUUCCCUUAUUUGUGCCGUAUAAAAUAAUCACUAAGUUGGUAUACUGGGAUGAAAGGUCUUUGUUUUUUGAACACGAAGUGAUAACAUUACAUGAUGCAAGAACGCGAUAUUUACUAGUAUCCCGACAAUAUGCUAUUGGCGAAUAUACACAAACAAUUUCGAAUCUUUUAAAAGGUCUUCCAGGAUCAAUGUCCAUUCCAAAGUCUCCUAAAUAUAUACAAGAUUGGUUAAAAAGUAUGGCAAUAUCUAGUGCUAAAUUAAGAAAUACUAAAACGUAAA